UACUCGCGGGCGGCGCAGAGAGGCUGCGAGCGCGGGCGGAGAAGGCGGGCUGGGGGCACAGCCCGCCGCCCACUGGCCUAGCCCGGCAGGGCAGAGAGGAAGGACCGACGGACGGACGGACUGCCGUGCCAUCUGCUCGCGGAAGCUCACUCUCCCAACUCCUGUUGAGUGUUGGCUCAGGAGGAGGAGGAAGAGGAAGGAGCAGAUCUGCAGAGGAAUGCCAGAGCCUCCCAAAGCCAGAGCAGCAAGAAGGAGCUGGGUGCUGGAGCGUCGGCAGAGCCCUGCCUGGAUUUCUGGAACGGUGGUUUCCGAGUGAUUCUCUUCUAUUUUAGUAUAUUGUUCCACUGGAAAGCGUGAAACUCUUGCCCUCACCGAGCUGGUUUCCUGGAGUCGCUUGCUUUCUCCCAGUUCUUCUGAGAGUGGGAGAAGAGAGACCCCCCACCCCCCACCCCCCACCAGGGGCUGCUGAGGGCGGAGAGGAAGACUAUGGACACGAGCCCUCUCUGCACACAGGCCUGUGCCCAGAGACCUGAUAGGGCAGUUUCUGGGCCAUGGACAUUACUCUGAAGAGAGGGAAGCUGGACAGCAUCUAAGGUGCCGAGACCCCCACCCAAGGGGCUGAGGGACUGAGCUGCUGGGACAGGUGCCGAGUUACUGGUGCUUUCUCAGCCACCCGCCUGAGCAUCCCACAUUCCAGGCAGGACUCUCUCUUCCCCAUCCCACCACCACCCAGCCCAGCCAUGGCCCUGAAAGGCCGAGCCCUCUAUGACUUCCGCAGUGAGAACAAGGAGGAAAUCAGCAUCCAGCAGGAUGAGGACCUGGUCAUCUUCAGCGAGACUUCACUGGAUGGCUGGCUGCAGGGCCAGAACAGCCGUGGUGAGACCGGGCUCUUCCCUGCCUCUUACGUGGAGAUCAUUCGUUCAGGCACCAGCUCCAACCAUGCCGACUACUCCAGCAGCCCUGCAGCCUCUCCGAGUACCCAGGUGAGCUUGUGCAGCAGCCCCAGUGUGUCCAGCCCAUCCAGGAGUGGCGGGGGCAGUGGCUUCCUCUCAAACCAGGGCAGCUUCGAGGAGGAUGAUGAUGAUGACUGGGAUGACUGGGACGAUGGAUGCACGGUGGUGGAGGAGCCGCGGGGUGGUGGGCUGGGCACCAACGGGCACCCCCCACUCAACCUCUCCUACCCAGGUGCCUACCCCAGCCAGCACAUGGCCUUCAGGCCCAAGCCACCCCUGGAGCGGCAGGACAGUCUGGCAUCUGCCAAGCGAGGCAGCGUGGUGGGGCGCAACCUCAACCGUUUCUCCUGCUUUGUGCGCUCCGGAGUGGAGGCCUUCAUCCUGGGGGAUGUGCCCAUGAUGGCCAAGAUCGCCGAGACCUACUCCAUUGAAAUGGGCCCUCGUGGUCCCCAAUGGAAGGCCAACCCACACCCUUUUGCCUGCUCCGUGGAGGACCCCACCAAACAGACCAAGUUCAAGGGCAUCAAAAGCUACAUCUCCUAUAAGCUCACCCCCACCCAUGCCGGCUCACCCGUCUACCGGCGCUACAAACACUUCGACUGGCUCUACAACCGCCUGCUGCACAAGUUCACGGUCAUCUCGGUGCCCCACCUGCCCGAGAAGCAGGCCACAGGCCGCUUCGAGGAGGACUUCAUUGAAAAGCGGAAGCGACGGCUCGUCCUCUGGAUGGACCACAUGACCAGCCACCCCGUGCUCUCCCAGUAUGAGGGCUUCCAGCAUUUCCUCAGCUGCCUGGACGACAAGCAGUGGAAGAUGGGCAAACGCCGGGCGGAGAAGGACGAGAUGGUGGGCGCCAGCUUCCUGCUCACCUUCCAGAUCCCCACGGAGCACCAGGACCUGCAGGACGUGGAGGACCGUGUGGACAUCUUCAAGACCUUCAGCAAGAAGAUGGACGACAGCGUCCUGCAGCUCAGUACCGUGGCUUCGGAGCUGGUGCGCAAGCACGUGGGGGGCUUCCGCAAGGAGUUCCAGAAGCUGGGCAGCGCCUUCCAGGCCAUCAGCCAUGCCUUCCAGAUGGACCCCCCCUUUAGCUCUGAAGCCCUCAACAGCGCCAUUUCUCACACGGGCCGUACCUACGAAGCUGUCGGUGAGAUGUUCGCCGAGCAGCCCAAGAAUGAUCUUUUCCAGAUGCUCGACACACUGUCCCUCUACCAGGGCCUGCUCUCCAACUUCCCUGACAUCAUCCACUUGCAGAAAGGCGCCUUCGCCAAGGUGAAAGAGAGCCAGCGCAUGAGUGACGAGGGCCGCAUGGUGCAGGACGAGGCCGAUGGCAUUCGCAGGCGCUGCCGCGUGGUGGGCUUUGCCCUGCAGGCCGAGAUGAACCAUUUCCACCAGCGCCGUGAGCUCGACUUCAAGCACAUGAUGCAGAGCUACUUGCGCCAGCAGAUCCUCUUCUACCAGCGGGUAGGCCAGCAGCUGGAGAAGACCCUGCGCAUGUACGACAACCUCUGACUGUGCACCCUUGGCCCGCUCCCUGCCCCCAGGCCUGGUCGCCAAGUGCACCCUGCUCUCCUGACCUCCUUGCAUCUGGGCCUGGGGGCUCAGGGGUGGGCAGGCAGGUCAGCGACCUGUCCACCGCCUGGGAGAAGGGACUUUGGAGGAGUCAUAUGUACCCCUGGGGGGUGUCCCCCCACAUCUUAGAGGUGGGAGCAUGGCAGGGGAGUGGGGCCAGGAACCCUGCAGGCCAAGACUUGGGCUGCCAGUCAGUGAUUUGAGCCAGGCAGGGGUGUCAGCUGCUCCCCCAGAGCCCGUGGCCACCACCCGGUCCUGUCAUUCAGCGGACACAGAGGCCUGCUGGGAGGCGGGUCCCGGGCCAGACACUGGGCGCACAGAGGGCUGCCACAUGCCUGCCUUCGAGGAAUCCCCCAGUCGGUGGUGGGGGGUGGGGAUCGGUACAGAAACGGACAAAGGCAGUGCCGUGGGAUCGAUAGUUAAAUGAGGGGUUCCUGGAAGCUCACAGAAGGGACCACCACAUUCUGCCAGUCAAAGGAGACUCACAGAGUAGGUGACGUUUGAGCAGUGUCUUGAAGAAUGACAGAGAGCCUGCCAUGGGGAGGCCAUUUUGGGGAGAGGAGUGGCAUGGGCAAAGGUGCAGAGGCACAGAGGCAAUGCCCUCCUCUCUGCCUUUCCCAGACAAGCUGGGUGCCCUCUCAGUGGGGACUGGCAGGAUCUUCCUUGCUCCUGUGUCACGCCCCCUGCCCCUGCUGGAGAGGCUGUACACCAGCACCCUCCUGUGGGCCUCUGAGGCCCCUCCACCUGCUGAGCCCCAGCUUCCUUUGCUUAGGGGACCAUGCAACAUCCUCCUUGUCCUGGGCACCAGGUGCUGAGAUGAACUGUGGACCCCAGAGCCCCACUGGCAUCUUCCUGGUGGGGACUCUCAAAAGUUGCCUGAUGCUUUUCACCAGCAGUGUGUCCCUACACUCCAGAGCAGGCCUGUACUCCAGGCUCCCAGGGUCCUCGAGCCCAGGCACUGUCUUCCUGAAUCCUUUCUGUUGCACAGUGGCAAACUCAAGGGGAGAAAGCCAGGCCAAUCCCCAGGGGUCCUGGCCCACCUUCCCACAGCCAGCCUCACCGUGGUGCUCCCAGGCCAGGUUGUGCUGUCUCCGACCUACGUUUACAUCCUCGAGGGGGCUGCCGCCGCCUCCACCCCCAGGCCAGGCUGUGGUCCAGCAGCAGGAUGGGGGAAGCUGACACUGCUGCCCCCCCCACCCCCAGGAGGUCAGGGCCUGCUCCUGGCUGCUGCUGCUUGAAUCUUUUCUUUUUUUUUCCUUGAUAAACCUUUUACAAUUAAAAUAAUGAAAGCAUGA